AUGCCUGUGGUUGUAGAAAGAUCGCAAUUAGUUGCUUGCAAGUUAUACACAGCUAGAGACGAAGGUUCGCAUAAACAUGGAAUUUCUGAUUCCGAAAGAGAGACUAUCAUUCAUGAUAUUUUAAAGUUUUUGCCCAAAUCGCUGUCCUUUCAAAUGGCUUCGGUAGCUCCUAAACGGAUCGUGGUUCCUGGAGUUUCAGCUUCUUUAUUUGCGUCUACAUCUUCUUCAGAACUUGAGGAUGCAGCGGCAGCUGCAGGAGUCUCUACAUCAUCAGAGCUAUUCAAGUCCAUGAAAAGGGCCAUUUCCGGAAUGAUGGGCAUGCUGGGCUCGGCAAAUUCUCGGCUUCAGACACAACCCGAAUCGAUGUUUACUUAUCAGCAUGAGCUUGGGUGCAAAUUUAGUGUGCCUGCUAGGACUCUUAAUAUCGACGGUUCGGAGUCCACUCCCAUACAACACUCCUUUCUGGAAGAUGAUUCUUUGCUAGUUGAUUCUAUUGCUAUAGAUCCGGCUACAUUUAAAAUUUACAAGGCACCUCUUCUUCAGUAUGUGAGCCCAUCUAUUUCGAGAGGCUCGCUUUCCAUCUCAUACCUUGCCAAAGGGUCUGAAAGCGUAGACAACUACAAAAAGGCUCUCAAUAUCCCCAUUAAAGUGGUGGUUCAUUUUGUUACGAAGAUUGAUUUGGGACACAAUACAAAAUCAACGCACUCAACCACAAUCCGUUCAGUGGUCAGGGAGACCAUGCUCAAUAAUAAGCGACAUGAAACCCAGACGGAGAAUAAGGAUUUUAAUCCCGACGCAAACUCUACGGAAUAUGAUAUAACGACCUGGCAUAUCACUAUUGAAACGCCGAUAUUGAAGGAUUUCUUCCUCGAGUUAAGCUACCCAAAUAUUUGUCCACAAAAGCGACACAGGCUGCUAUGUGCAGAAGAAAAUGCGGCUCAAGAGAGAACUCCCCUUAAACUGCAUCAAAUUCUUCUUCCCUGGGAAUUGCUUCGUAAUUCUUUAGACUCCUUCCAUGUGAAGCAUAUUGUUGAACAAGAGCCUCAGCAAGUUGUCGAAAAAUUUAAUGACGAAGAUUCUAAUCCAGAGAGCUUUUCUAAGGUAGCCAUGGAUAUGUUAAAAUCUCUCAUGUCGCCUCCCAGUGUUUGGAUGCGAAGUAAUACAGAUAAUACAUCGGCGAUUUAUCCGACAUUUGAAACUGCAGAAAAACCUCAAAAUCCUUCUUCAAAUAAGAACUUUGAUGCAGAAAUUAAGUCUGUGUUAAGGGAAAUGCGCGAGCUGUUUAUUGACAAGGAACGCUGGGAUCAAGAUAUCCUCAAUGAAAUGUUUUCAGAAGAUGAAAAUUUAACCGACGACUACGCCCGCUAUUUUAUUGAUCACAAGACCUAUGAAGAAAGCAAUUCCCCAGAUGGCGAAAGUACUUUUCCUUAUUCGCAAAGCUUUGGCCUUAUUGCCGAAAAUGAUCUUAAUGAUGAAAAGCCGACAAAUGCUAGUUCUGAGGCUGAAAUACAUUUAGACAUUGCGAUGGAGGAUGAGUGGGUUCAAUAA